AGAGAGUGAUAAACCGUCUCUAACAAAGGUCAUAACCAUCCAACAACACAACCAAAAUCUCCGGCCGUUGUUAUCUCAAUCGUGUUUUUGUGGAACUGUUGCCCUAUACUUGAUCAGUACUUGAUGCUUUAUUUCAAUCGCCGACGUUCGGCGGCAAGUGGAGGAGGAGGAGGCGGUGAUGACUUCAUUGUGAUACUUACCGCAGCCGGUAAAAGUACAACGGACAGUCGAUUAUUAUUAUGAGGAAAAGCCGAAACAAGGCUAAGAAUAAUAAACACGACAACGGCAAUCCCUUAGUUCUAAAGUCAUUCAGAUUCGUUUCUUCCUGUAUCAAGACCGUUUCUUCAAACGUCAAGUCUGCUGGAGCCUCCGUUGCUGUAUCGAUUGCCGGUGAUUCCUCCGGCGAACUUCACAAAGAUCAGGUUCUAUGGUCUUGCUUUGAUAGACUAGAGCUUAGGCCAUCUUCUGUCAAGCAUGUCCUCCUACUUGGUUACUCCAAUGGCUUUCAAGUCUUUGACGUUGAUGAUGCUUCUAAUUUUAAAGAAUUGGUUUCAAGACGCGAUGAUCCAGUCACAUUUCUCCAAAUGCAGCCCAUCCCUGAAGAGUCUAAAGGCCGUGAGGGAUUCAGAAUGUCACACCCAUUGCUAUUGGUUGUGGCCAGUGAAGAGAAAAGGGAUUUGGGUUCACCGUGUAACAAGAGAGAUAGUUACACUGUGACUCAGAUGGGAAACUUCGUUCAGUUUCCUACAGCCGUUCGGUUUUACUCAUUAAGGUCACACAAUUAUGUUCAUAUAUUGAGAUUCAGGUCAACUGUGUAUAUGGUUAGAUGCAGUCCACGAGUAGUUGCUGUAGGGCUUGCUUCACAAAUUUAUUGCUUCGACGCACUCACUCUUGAAAAUAAAUUCAGUGUAGUCACAUAUCCUGUGCCUCGCUUGGGAGGUGAAGGACCCUAUGGUAUCAAUAUUGGCUAUGGACCAAUGGCCGUGGGGCCUAGGUGGUUGGCUUAUGCUUCCAACAACCCAUUGUUGUCAGACACAGGACGGUUAAGUCCUCAAAGUUUGAGCCCUUCUCCAGGUGUUAGUCCUUCAACCUCACCUGGCAAUGGAAGUUUCGUGGCUCGGUAUGCUGUGAAAUCCAGUAAGCAUCUAGCUACUGGCCUUAUUCACCUGGGAGACAUGGGCUACAAAACAUUGUCAAAGUAUUAUCAUGAGUUUCUCCCUGAUGAUUCCACUUCUCCCAUGUUAUCAAACUCCAGCUGGGAAGGUGGUAGGGUUGCAGCUCAUUCAACUGAAACUGACAAUUCUGGGAUGGUUGUUAUAAAAGAUUUUGUAUCCGAAGUCAUCAUUUCGCAAUUUAGGGCUCACACAAGUCCCAUUUCUGCACUAUGUUUUGAUCCAAGUGGGACACUCUUAGUCACGGCAUCCGUAAAUGGGAAUAAUGUCAAUAUUUUCCGUAUCCUUCCAUCCUCCUCAAAAAAUGGAUCUGGCACCCGAGUCUUUGAUUGGAAUUCUUCUCAUCUACAUCUUUAUAAGCUUCAUCGUGGCAUGACUUCAGCUGUGAUACAAGACAUAUGUUUUAGUCAAUAUAGCCAGUGGGUUGCUGUAGUUUCAUCCAGGGGGACUUGCCAUAUAUUUGUUUUGUCUCCUUCUGGUGGUGAGACCAGUCUUCAGUUACAAAACUCCAAAAUGAGUAGUCCAAUGCUCUCAGCUUGGUGGUCCACUUCGUCUUUCAUGAUAAAGCGAUCCUUCUUGCCACCAGCCCCAGCAGCUAUCACCCUCUCUGCGGUUAGUAGAAUAAAAAAUAAUUUUGGGUGGCUUAAUACAGUGACCAGUGCUGCAUCUUUGGCAUCUGGAAAUGUAUCUGUACCACCUGGUGUCAUUGCUGCUACUUUUCAGAGUUCUGUAUGUCACAAUUUAGAACCUACUGUUCUGAAUUCCAGUGCCCUAGAGCACCUGCUGGUUUAUUCUCCAUCUGGUCAUAUAAUUCAAUAUCAGCUGUUGCCUUCUUUGGGGGCAGAGCAAGGUGAAUCUUCUUUGAGGAGUGGGAUGGCUUCACAGGCACAGAUGCAUGAUGAGAACUUGCAAGUGAAAGUUGAACCUAUUCAAUGGUGGGAUGUUUGCCGAAGAGCAGAUUGGCCAGAAAGAGAGGAGUGUAUUGGUGGGGUUACUCACAGACAUAAUGCUGCUGAAACUCUCAUGAAUAAUUCUGAUGAUGAAGAUAUUAGUCUUGCAGGAAAGGAUUUUUCUAAACCCCAUGAACAAUCCCAUUGGUAUCUUUCCAAUGCUGAAGUGCAAAUGAGGUCUGGAAGAGUUCCCAUUUGGCAAAAGCCUAAGAUGUAUUUCUAUGUGAUGGAUCCAAAGCUGUGUGAAGAGAUGAGCAUCAGUAGAAAGUAUGUUGACGGAGAGAUUGAGAUUCAUAAGCUUCCAGUUCAAGAAGUUGAAGUUAGGCAACAAGAUUUACUGCCUCUUUUGCAUGGCUCCCAUGGGAUUCAUCCUGAUUGGAGCGAUGGCAGAGUCUUUGCUGCCGGUCAAUAUUUUGCCGCACCUUCCAACUCCAAUGGUAGCAGUGAGAAGUUUCCAGAAGAUCCUACAAUCUCUCAUCGAACUGCAAAGCGUAACGAUGGAAUCAAUCUCGUGUUACCUUCUGAGCGAACUACGACUAUCACCUUGCCUCUCCAUGAAAAUUAUGUAAUGAAUUCUUCGACUCCAAUCCACGGCUCAAUCUUUCCUGAAGAAACUAUGGCUGGAUUGAAUCAAUCUUCAGAAAGUGUUGUGACUAGCGACGUUUCAAACCCAGGUUCCAACCGCUCUGACUUGAGCAUGAACAUCGUUGAUGACAGUCCGUUGCACGAAAAUAUGCAUGGUUUUCUCGACUUCGGACAUGAUCUCCAAGAAGGGUACUGCAAGCCUUCUGCUUAUGAAGACAAUCUUCAACAUGUUGAAAGGAGCAAUAAGAAGUCUGAGGAAUAUGGUCAUAGCGAUGACUUGCUUGGAGAGGUCUUCGCAUUCUCUGAAUAAGGUUGAUGCUAAUCUCCAAGCAUUUUAUGGUUGUUUUAUCGAAAGAUAAAACCACAACUGACUCAUUGAUUCGAGAGGUAAAACUGGUGAACCAUGUUCUUGUUUAUUCCUCUGUCUAAUUCUUGUGUACAUAAUGUCUAUUAGUUUGAAUUAUCUUGCGAACAUAAUUAUUUGCAACAUCAUCCGUUCUUCAAACUCUAAUUCUUAAGGUUAUGGAAUAGCCGCUGCUAUUCUCCUCUCGAUAAAGAGAGUAGGAACAUAACGGGUUGAGAGACAAAGCCAAUACUGGCCUUGCUUCUCGA